AUGGCUGCAUGCAAGCUUAUGAAACAGACCCGGUUCUUUGCGUUGAUGAGCGGGUUCGUCACCAGCCGGCAUGGCGUCACGGCCGUUGUCAUCCGGGGGCGACGCCGAGGCGCCCCGCUGCUGGCGGCCAGCGGCCGCGGCAAUGGCGCGCAGACGGCCGCGGCUCCGCCGACAACUGUCGUCGGCAAGGCGCUGAGCAGCACGGCCGACCUCGCCAAGCACCUCCCCACCGGCGCCGUGCUCGCCUUCGAGAUGCUCUCGCCGUCCUUCACCGCCGACGGCGCCUGCAACGCCGCCAACCGCGCGCUCACAGGCUGCCUCAUCGGCGACCCGGCGCCGCGGGACGAGAGGUACCAGCUGACGGCGCGCGACGUCCUGCACGGGCUGCUCUCGUUCGCGGUGUUCCUGGCCGUCGCCAUGGUGGACCGCAGCGUGGUGGCCUGCUUCUACCCCGUCGAGUCCGCCUCCACGAGGCAGCUGCUUGCGGCCGUGCCCGUCGCCGGGGGAUCGGUUUCCCCGUGGGCUCGUCGUCGGGUCGGGUUGGGUUGGUGGUGAUCAUGGCGUCGGGCAGCACUUCAUUCGCCUGAAAUCUCUGAUGAGAUGAUCAUCUCGAAUAUUUUUUACCGCUGGUGGCGGUACAUCUGAAAUAUCUGUUUUACCGCUGGUGCCGGUACAUCUGAAUUCUGAAAUUGAUCUCUCUGUCUUGAUGAAACUGAGUAAUGUGUUUAUGAUGUGCACAUGCUUUGAGAUCCAUUUUAAUCAUACCAAGAUGUCAUAUAUAUGCAUAUUCAUUU